AUGAAGCUGCUCUACCUCACGUCGUUUGCCUCUCUGGCCGUGGCCAAUGGCCAGGGAUGGGACUGGAAGCCCCCAGUCCAUCCGAAAGUCCUGCCUCAUAUGAUCAAUUUGUGGGAUCUUAUGCAUGGCGCUCAAAAGCUGGAAGACUUCGCUUAUGCCUACCCAGAGCGCAACCGUGUCUUUGGCGGACGGGCCCAUGACGACACCGUCAACUACCUCUACCGCGAGUUGAAGAAAACCGGCUACUACGACGUCUACAAGCAGCCUCAGGUUCACCAAUGGACCAGAGCCGACCAGUCUCUCACCGUUGAUGGCAAGUCCUAUGUCGCCACGACCAUGACUUACAGCCCCAGCGUGAACGCCACUGCUCCGCUGGCGGUGGUGAACAACCUGGGCUGCGUUGAGUCUGACUAUCCCACCGAUCUGAAGGGCAAGAUUGCUCUGGUCAAGCGGGGCGAGUGCCCCUUUGCGACCAAGUCCGUAUUGAGCGCCAAGGCCGGUGCGGCGGCUGCGCUCGUGUACAACAAUAUCGAGGGUUCUAUGGCGGGGACUCUGGGCGGCCCGACCAACGAGAUGGGUCCCUACGCUCCCAUCGCCGGCAUCAGCCUCGCUGAUGGACAGGCGCUAAUCCAGCUGACCCAGGCGGGUCCCGUCACAGCCAACCUGUGGAUCAACAGCCAGGUCGAGAACCGGACCACCUACAACGUGAUCGCGCAGACCAAGGGCGGCGAUCCCAACAACGUCGUCGCGCUCGGCGGCCACACGGACUCGGUCGAGGCCGGUCCCGGUAUCAACGACGACGGCUCCGGCAUCAUCAGCAACCUCGUUGUCGCCAAGGCGCUGACCCGCUUCUCCGUCAAGAACGCGGUGCGCUUCUGCUUCUGGACGGCGGAGGAGUUCGGCCUGCUGGGCAGCAACUACUACGUCAACAGCCUCAAUGCUACCGAGAAGGCCAAGAUCCGUCUCUACCUCAACUUCGACAUGAUCGCUUCCCCCAACUACGCCCUGAUGAUCUACGACGGCGACGGAUCCGCCUUCAACCUGACCGGGCCCGCGGGCUCGGCGCAGAUCGAGCGUCUCUUCGAGGACUACUACAAGUCGAUCCGCAAGCCGUUCGUGCCCACCGAGUUCAACGGCCGCUCCGACUACGAGGCCUUUAUUCUCAACGGCAUCCCCGCGGGAGGCAUCUUCACCGGCGCGGAGGCGAUCAAGACCGAGGAACAGGCCAAGCUGUUUGGCGGCCAGGCCGGCGUAGCUCUGGACGCCAACUACCAUGCCAAGGGCGACAACAUGACCAACCUCAACCGCGAGGCCUUCCUGAUCAACUCCAAGGCGACGGCCUUUGCGGUGGCCACAUAUGCCAACAGCCUCGAGUCGAUCCCGCCGCGCAAUAUGAGCACCGUGGUCAAGCGGUCGCAGCUGCAGGCAGCCAAGAAGAGGGCUCCUCACACGCACACCGGUGGAACGGGAUGCUACAAGGACCGGGUUGAGCAGUAG